AUGUCAUCUAAUACUGCAAGAGACAUGAGAUGGCAUUUUGACCGCAAGGACGAUAAAAUUAUCACCCACCCGGCAGAUGGAGAGGCUUGGAAAAAAUUUGAUGAUAGAUAUGAGGAAUUUGCUAAAGAUCCUCGUAGUGUUAGAUUGGGUCUAGCAAGUGAUGGUUUUAAUCCAUAUCGUCUUAUGAACACUAAUUACAGUACAUGGCCAGUGAUUCUGAUUCCUUAUAAUUUGCCUCCUUGGCUUUGUGUAGAUGCCUUUGAUGUUUAUAGUGGAAAAAACUUUAAACUACGAGCAUCCUUACAUUCCACUAUAAAUGACUUUCCUGCAUAUGCUAUGUUGUCGGGUUGGAGUACAAAAGGUUAUAAAGCUUGCCCUACUUGUGCCAAUUCUACUUGUUCAUAUUAUUUUGGUGGUAAAAUUGUCUACCCCGGUUCUCGAAAAUGGUUACCGAUUGAUCAUCCUUACCGUUCUCAAGCUAAUUUAUUUGAUGGGAAAGAGGAAUAUGGCCUUGCUCCGGUUCAUGCUAGUGGGACAGAAAUUUUGAAGCAGCAAGAAGUUAAUUAUGUUUAUGGGAAAUCAAAAACGGUUCCUAAAAAAAGAGGGAGAGAAGAAGUUGAGGAUGAUGAAAUUGAUAAUGAUAAUGAUAAGGUUCUUUGGAAAAAGAAAAGUAUAUUAUUUGACUUGGAAUACUGGGAACAUAAUCUUCUUAGACACAAUUUAGAUGUUAUGCACAUUGAGAAGAAUGUGUGUGAUAAUCUCUUAGGAACUCUUUUAGAAACCGACAAGAGUAGAGAUGAUAAGAAAGCUAGGGAGGCUCUGAAACAAAUAAAUAUAAAAUCUCAUCUUUGGCUUCAAACGCAUCCUAAUCGUGUUAAAGAGUAUAUGCCUCCAGCUUCAUACAACAUGGAUAAAGAAGAAAAAGAACGUUUUUUAAGAGUCUUGAAAAAGCUCAGAGUUCCUGAUGGUUAUGGAUCAAAUUUGCAAAGAUGUGUGAACAUGAAGGAGCGUAAACUUAUUAAUAUGAAAAGCCACGACAAUCAUAUCCUCAUGCAAGAAAUCCUUCCUGUUGCUUUAAGAGCAUCAAAUGCCACAAAAGUUAUUGAUUUGCUUGAGGAGUUGUCGUACUUUUUUAAGAAGAUUUGUUCAACCACCAUUGAUAAAGGAGAGUUAGAUACCAUUCAGUCAAAGCUUGUCCUGACCCUUUGUAAGAUGGAGAAAGAUUCCUCCCAACAUUUUUCACAAUUAUGUGAUUUCCUCCAAGUAAAGCGGCAAGAGCAUCGAGUGGGCGAAAUUGCGGCGAAUGAAUAUAAUGAAAAUCAAUGGAGACUUAACGAAUUCUCCGAUUGGUUGCAAAACCAGAUCCAUAACCUAGAUGAUAACACAGUAGAAGGAAAGCUGAGAAAAGCGUUGGCCGGUGGUUUAAGCAAUCGCGGUAAAAGGAUGAAAAGCGUUAUCAUUAAUGGAUAUAAAUUUGAUACCGUGGAUCGUGAACGAUUUCGGAAGACACAAAAUUCUGGAGUGAUGGUUGAAGCCGAUGGCCAAGAGUAUUAUGGAAAACUGAAAGAAAUUUUCGAGCUUGAUUACUAUGGUUCAUUUAGGGUUGUAAUGUUUCGUUGUGACUGGGUUGACAUUCGUAGGGGUUUUAAAACAUACCCAAGUGGCAGAGUUACUGUCAACUUCUCGAAGUUGAUGCACACUGGUCGAAAUUUGCAUGAUGAUCCAUUUGUUUUCUCUUCUCAAGCAAAACAAGUUUUUUAUGUCGAGGAUGAGAUACAAAAAGGAUGGUUGCACGUAAUUAAGACUAAGCCCAGGGACUUGUUUGAUAUACCCGAGGAUGACGAGAUUCUAGAAUAG